CACGCCUGCGUUUUCAUCACGCCCCAGCCCCCAGGAAGAUCUGCCCAGAGCCAAGAGCUAAAGAAAAGGGCUGCCAGUGUCUCUUGAACAACCAGACGCCCCUCUUCCUGGGUUACUGGCAGCCAUGGCCAGCUGGAAAUACAUUCUGGGCUCGGUCUUGGGUGGGGCGCUGCUGCUGACCGCGGGGAUCCUGCUGGGGCACUUCGCCAUCCCCAAAGAGGGGCCUUCCCCCAGCUGGCUCAGCAACGUCUCCGAGGAUCUGGACCCGGCCCUCCUGGAGGAUUUCAUGAACCAGGUGGAAGCUGCCAACAUCCGAGAGAACCUCAAGAAGCUGUCAGCCAAGCCCCAUAUGGCAACCACCAAGGGGGACCAUGAUCUAGUGAAACUCCUCCUCGAACGCUGGAGCGACCCGGAAUCUGGUCUUGACAAGGCCAUAGAGAUCCAGUAUGAUGUAUUUCUGUCCUUUCCAGACCCAAAGAGACCCAACAGAGUGCGUGUGGUGCUGGAAAACAACACGGAGGUCUUUCUGUCCAGAGAAGCUGAGGAAAAACUCACUACAGAUCAAGAAGACCCAGAUAUAGUAAAGCCCUAUGCAGCUUAUGGACCCCCAGGGACCGCCAAGGGCAAACUGGUCUAUGCCAACCAAGGAAAAAUGAGUGAUUAUGAAUUCCUUCUCAAUCAAAACAUCAGCCUCAAUGGCACCAUUGCCAUCACUCGCUAUGGAGGAGCCGGCAGAGUUGCCAAGGCAAUCAAUGGGGCAAAAUUUGGUGUCAUUGGUGUGGUGGUGUACACAGAUCCUGCAGACAUCAACGAUGGGAAAUCUUCGCCCAAUGAGACCUAUCCUUAUUCGUGGUACAUGCCCCGCUCCGGCGUAGAGAGAGGCUCUUUCAAAACCGGGUUUGGAGAUCUCCUGACACCAUAUUUUCCUGCCAAAAAUUUCACCUACCGGAUCCCAGAAGAUCAGAUCACUGGGAUUUCCACAAUCCCCAUACAACCCAUCGGCUUUGAGGAUGCCAAGGAACUGAUCUGUAACCUUGGCGGACCCAAAGCAGGGGCUGGCUGGCAAGGGGCCCUGGGCUGUGAUUACCACCUUGGGCCCGGAUUCCAAGGAAAUGGGAGCUUUCCUAACACCAGCAACGUCCAAGUGGAUGUCUACAACCAGAGAGAGAUCAAACCAUCUUCCAACGUCCUGGGGGUGAUACGAGGGAGCGUGGAACCAGAUAGAUACGUCCUGUAUGGGAACCACCGGGAUAGUUGGGUUCAUGGAGCCAUCGACCCUAGCAGUGGAACAGCUGUCAUGCUUGAAAUCACCCGUAUUUUGGGGAAGAUGGUGAAGGAAGGGAAGUGGCGCCCACGGAGAACCCUCGUUUUUGGCAGCUGGGGUGCUGAAGAGUUCGGCCUCAUCGGCUCGACAGAGUACACAGAGGAAUUUUUCAGCAAACUGCAAGAGAGGAGCGUGGCCUACAUCAACGUGGAUAUUGCCGUCUUUGCUAAUGCCACGCUGAGGGUCCAAGGGACGCCCCCAGCCCAAAAUGUCAUUUUUGCAGCUGCUCAGCAGGUCAAGACCCCAGCAGACGCUUCACUGUCAGUCUAUGAAAACUGGAAACGCCACUUCAGCAGAAAUAGCUCGGUCUACGGAAUAAUCCCCAGCUUAGGGUCCCUGGGGGCUGGAAGUGAUUUUGCUCCUUUUAUCCACUUUCUGGGCAUCACCGCGAUGGAUAUCGCUUACACUUACGAUCGGAGCAAAACGUCAGCGCGCAUUUACCCGGCCUACCACACGGCCUUUGACACCUUCGACUACGCAGACCGAUUUAUCGAUCCAGGCUUCACCAGCCACCGGGCCGUGGCGCAAACGGCUGGCAACGUCCUGCUGCGCUUGGCGGAGUCCUUGAUCUUGCCUCUCAACGUGAGCAACUAUGGGGAGACGUUGCAAGCCAUGUACGACACAGCCGAGCGAGUGUUCCAGGUGGACCUCCUCAACCACAACAUCUCCCUUGUCCCACUCCGCAAUGCAGUUGUGCGCUUCCAGUCUGCAGCAGCCGACCUCAACCAGCGCAUCGCAGGCUUGAAAAAUGAAGACUCUCCCAGCCCUCUUGCUCUGCGGAUGGUGAACGACCAGCUGAUGUUGCUAGAACGGACAUUUUUAAACCCACGAGCUUUCCCAGACAAAUAUUAUUACAGUCACGUCAUCUGGGCCUCCCAAUCGUCGUCCGUGGCUACCUUCCCAGGCCUGGCCGACGCCGUGGUUGCUGCAAAAGAGCAGGGCAAGUGGGACCAGGUCCAUAAACAUCUAACGGUGGUUAUCCAAGCGGUGGAAAACGCUGCCUCCUUUCUUGAACCCGUGGCCGAAUGACCGGCAUCCUCGUAGCCCUCGUGGGAAGCCUCAGUUAUGAAAAGCCAGCUGUAUGUCUUCUGAAGAAAUAAAAGCUUCACACUUGAUAAACCCUU